UCUGUCAGAAUGACAUUUGUCAAUUUCUAAAUUAAUUUGUUUUUAUGUCAAAAUUCGCCCCAAAUAAUCCCAAAAAUGAAGGUAUUAAUUAAAAGCAUACGUGGAGGAAGCUGCGUUGUGGAUGCCCAAGAAACCACAACAAUUCUCGAAUUGAAAAAGAAAGUUGCCACUGACAUCAACAUUCCGGUGGCACAACAGACCAUGGUUGUAUGUGGGAAGACUUUACAAGACGACAAAACAGUAGGAUCCUACCCGAAUAUCAAAGACGGGGCUAAAAUCUACGUCGCUGUGAAAAAACCUGACACACUUAAAGCAGCCCUGACCCGUUUCCUCCGCCAGUACUACUCUGAUCAACAAUGCUCCGUGAUCGUGGACGAGUUCAUGAAAGACUUUCAGCAUAAAGUAAAUAACCUGAGUCUGGAUGACUUGGAAAGGAUAGCAAAGGCAGACAUGGACAAUAGUGCAUAAACCUAGAUUUUGUACCUUUAAUUAAUAAACUGUAUUAAAACUUAUAAAUUCUCUAAAUCAUUUGG